AUGGGAGAAGUUGCAUUUGUGAAGGAAAUUUCUCGAGUUCCAUUGCCAUUUGAAAGAAGUGUCAUGUCAACAACAACAACAACAACCUCUCAACAGCAUCAGCAACAUCAUCACCAUGAUCGAAUUAAAAAGACUUCGUGUGGAACAAAACAUUCUCUGAUUUUGACAAGACCUCAUGGAGUUGUUUAUGCAAGUGGACAAAGUGAUGAAGGUCAAAUCAAUCAAGCUGGAGAAUGUAUUAAUACCUUUACAACAAUAUAUAGAGGUGCUUGUUAUGUGAAAUCCAUUGGAAAGAGAAGUUUUGUUAUUGAUCGAGAGAGUAGAGAGUUGAUUUUAUGUGGAGAAAAUCAUUUUUGUCAACUUGGACUUGGAGAUUCCAAGAAUCGAGUCUCUUGGACCAUUCAUCCUUUCUUUUCAAAAUUGAAACAUGAAGAGGGAGAGUUUGUGACAAAGGUCGACGGAGGAAUUAGUCACACAGUGGUAAUGACUUCAAAAAAGAGAUUUUUUCAUUUUGGAAUGUGUUUUAAAUUGGGUGAACUCUCGUCUCAUCCUUGUUUGCUGACAUUGAAUCAUGCAACUAUUUCUCGAGUCAAAUGUACUCAUUAUGCCACCUUUUAUUGGACCACCUCUCAAAAAAUGUAUGCCAGUGGAUUGAAUGCCAUCCAUUGGAGGCCUUUGUGA